CCAUCCUGCAGAACAAAGAAGCAUAGUGUUGCCGCGGGAUCUUUCCUUUCAACAGAUAUGCUCCGGCAACUUGCUCGUAUACCUCCGGGUCAGCCGUUGUUCUUUCGUGAUCCACGGACUAUUGAUUGGUGGAUCGCUGGCAAUUUGCCCUUCCUGCUAUUCACCUUAGUCAGCUAUGUCUACGUCGUCAAGUACAUUGGACCGCGGUUCAUGAAGAACCGCAAACCCAUGGACUUCCUCAAGCCUCUCAUCUUGGCCUACAAUGGAACCAUGGUUGCGACCAACGCCUUCUUCUGCUACAAAUUCCUCAGGAGAUCGUACAUCGGUGGCGGUUACAACUUGUUCUGUCAAGGAAUUGAUUUCAACGCGAAGGAUGAAGCGACGUUGCAGCUUUUGAGUCUGGUGUGGUUCUACACGUGGGUGAGGCUUGCGGACUUCCUGGAUACGAUCUUCUUCGUGCUUCGCAAGAAAGACGCUCACGUCUCGCUCUUGCACGUGGCGCAUCACUGCAUAGUUGUCUUCGGCUGCUGGUACGGUUUGUCCUACGGGGCUGAUGGACAGUCCUUGUUCGGCAUAUGUGUGAAUAGUUUCGUUCACGUGCUUAUGUACGCGUACUAUUUCCUGUCGCUCAUGGGACCUUCUCUGCGCAAGUAUUUAUGGUGGAAGAAACAGUUGACGCAACUCCAGCUCGGACAGUUCAUUGUCGGUGUUCUGCAUGCAGUUAUACCUCUUUUUAUAGAUUGUGGUUAUCCAGCUAUGCACAUCAUCAUUGCCUUCCCUCAGGGUGUCUUUUUUAUUGUAAUGUUUAUGAGGUUCUACUUGCAUGCGUACCUGAACAGAGUGAACAAAGUGCAGUGAAUACACUUGGUUUUGAGAGACUUGGUAAAACAUUCAACGAAUAGCACAAAAAGAGAACGUUUGAAGCAGUUCAAGAAUGCAUAUCUUUAAAGUGCCACAAGAAGGCAGUAAGGCUUCACGACACUUUUAUUGCGACCCUCAUAAACUGCUGCUGUUUAAUGUAUACGUAAGUUAUUGUCUUUUGUUGCUGAGUAAAAUAAUUAAGAAUA